AGGCAGUGGUGCAUCUGCCCAGCAGUGGCAACUCUCAUUCGGCGGACCAGCGCUUGACGGAACGGAUGUGUGCGUGAUCGGAGAUCUAGGCACCCAGAGAUCGUAUCAGAUCAGAUCAGAUCAGAUCAGAUCGGUACAUCCGCGAGAUAUAAACAGAUACUAUACGGAUAAUCAGUUCGCACUUGGCCGGAAGAAGGUGGCAAUUGAGACAACUCAACGCUUUCUGCCAGGCGCAAUAGAAAAACAAAUAAAAGAAGUUCAAGUCAAUCAAUCAGCUAACAACAGAGAAUCAAAAACAAAAAGAGAUCGAGCAAAUUUUCGCCAGUCAACGCGAUCGGGCCAUAAAAACAAUUCGAAGCGAAGCAGGCGAAAAAAACGAGAAUUAAUUUCCCAUUCGAUUCACAAUCUCGAUCUCGAUUCUGAUUGACAACUGCGAAAAGCUGCGGUGGAUUUUCGCACCCCAAAUAGAGACCACUUCAUCUUAAUUUUUUUUGCAGUGCACAAAGUGAGUGAGUGUUUGAGUGAAAGAGUGUUUGUGUGUGGGUGCAAUAAUCAAAUUUGACAACUGCGCGAAAAACGUACGAGAUCAAAACACCGCAGACAAAACAAAUCAAGCCGGAAUAAAUGGAAUAAAUGGGCCAAGAACUCGCCGCGAUUUCCUUUCUUCCACUGUGAGCACCAGAUAUCCAGCUACAUACACCAUAUAUCCACCGAUCCACCGAUCCACCGCUCGCGAUGACGCACCUGAUGGGUCCCACUGAGUGCGCCAGCGCCAUGAUGACCACCUCCAUGCAGUUCCUGGACACCAGCCUUCCGGAUUACAACUGCUACGCCAACGACUACUGGACAUCGCCCUACAUGACCGGCGGACUCAGUCCCAUGAAGCAGAUCGAAGCCUGCAUCCAAACGGCUGGCAAGGAUCGCAGCUCGUACAAGCCGCUGGAGCAGAUCGAUGCCAAGUUGGCGGACAUCGAGACGCACAGUACAGGCAGCACCACCAGCACCAGCAGCACCAGAAGCAGUCUGGCCAGCGGCAAUGCCAUCUCGAAUCCCAGCUGCCAGGAUCAGUCGUCGGCAGGGCCGCUGCCACCCGACUAUACCGGCGGCAACAGUGAAGCCUCGAUGGCGCCGACAGCGGGCGGCUCCGCAGCCACAUCGGCAACGGCAGCUGGCGGAGUCAGUGCAUCCGCGGCAGCCAAGAAGUUCAAGGGGCAGCACAAAAAAGACAACAACCACAGUGCGGAGCACGGUACAGUGAAGCCCAGCAGCCAUAGCAUCAGCAAAGGGGAAGCGGAGCCAGUGCAUCCAUCGCUCGCCCAGGCCAUUGUGGUGCUGGAGACGAAGGCGCUGUGGGAUCAGUUCCACGCCCAGGGCACCGAGAUGAUCAUCACCAAGACGGGCCGCCGCAUGUUCCCCACCUUCCAGGUGAGGAUCGGCGGCCUCGAUCCCCACGCCACCUACAUCUGCAUGAUGGACUUUGUGCCCAUGGACGACAAACGCUAUCGCUACGCCUUCCACAACUCCUGCUGGGUGGUGGCCGGCAAAGCGGAUCCCAUUUCCCCGCCCAGGAUCCAUGUGCAUCCCGACUCCCCUGCCGCCGGCUCCAACUGGAUGAAGCAGAUCGUGUCCUUCGACAAGUUGAAGCUGACCAACAAUCAGCUGGACGAAAAUGGCCAUAUCAUUCUGAACUCGAUGCACCGCUACCAGCCGCGAUUCCAUCUGGUGUACCUGCCGCCGAAGAACGCGUCCUUGGAUGAGAACGAGCACUCCAGUCACUUUCGCACUUUCAUCUUUCCGGAAACGAGCUUUACGGCCGUAACUGCCUACCAGAAUCAGCGGGUGACACAGCUGAAGAUCUCCAGCAAUCCAUUCGCCAAAGGCUUUCGGGACGAUGGCACCAACGAUGUAACAACUGGCGGUGGCAGCAGCAUGUCCUCCAUGAGCCACGAAAGCCAGGCGCGCAUGAAGCAGCAGCAGCAGCAGCAACAGCAGCAGCAGCAGCAGCAGCAGCAGCUGCAGCAGCAGCAACUCAAGGAGCGAACGGCGGCCAGCAGCAGCUUUGGCCUGAGUUGCAGCGAACUGGCCAUUGAGCAGCAGCAGCAGCAGCAGCAGCAACAGGGAGUCCUGCAGCUGCCGGCCACGCCCUCCAGCAGCUCCACCUCCGGCAACUCACCCGACUUGCUGAGCUACCAGAUGGAGCAGCAGCUGCAGCACCAGCAGCAGCAGCAGCAACAGCAGCAGCAGCAGCAGCAACAGCAGCAGCAACACCAGUCCCAGCAGCAACAUCUCCACCAGCAACACCAGGCGAACCAGCAGCAGUCGCUGCUCCAACAGAGCCAGAACCACACGCAAUAUGGCAGCUACCAUCACGCGUACCAGGCACAGGUGCAGCAGCCCCAUCCUCUGACGCCGCACUCCAGCAGCUCCGCAUCCCCGCCAGCCACUGCCGCGGCGGCAGCUGGUGCAGCUGGUGCAGCAACAAGCGCAGCAGCAGCCGCAUCUGCAGCAGCGGGCACAGGAGCUACGUCCGCCACACAAGUGAUGACUGCGGCCAACAUCUACUCGAGCAUUGGGCAACCAUAUGCCCAGGAGCAGAGCAACUUCGGUGCGAUCUACCACCACAAUGCCGCCGCUGCUGCGGCCGCCCACUAUCACCAUGGUCAUGCCCACGGCCACGCCCACGGCCACGCCCACAGCCACGCCCACGGCCCUUAUGCCAGCGCCUACGACAAGCUGAAGGUGUCGCGUCAUGCGGCAGCCGCCGCCUACGGAAUGGGCGCCACCUAUCCAAGUUUUUACGGAUCGGCGGCCCAUCACCAGAUGAUGCGGCCGAAUAGCUACAUAGAUCUGGUGCCACGCUAAGGUCAAAAUCGGAGUAACCAGGUCAAACUAAACCCAGUUGAUGGUGGAUCAGAUAUCCUAUGAUUUAACACUUAGCUUGCCUGUAAAAAUGAUUAAAUGUAACAACUUAAAUACACCUAGACUACGUCAUCAUAGCGAGAGCUAUAUAAAUCUCAUGCCUAAGAUUCGUUCUAAAAUCAAGAAUCUAUUUCCAAAGUGUUUCCAAGCGAAAAGCCUUUAAAGUUGCCAAAACCAAAAAAAACCAAAACAAAAUAAGUAAGUUUAAGCCAAAAUAAUAAGAAGAGGAAAUAUUUGUUAGAAAUCGUAAUUUUUAAGAAUUCAAAUACCUAGAAUCUUACUUAUCACUGAAAUCCAAGUUAGAAGGAUUUAAUUCUUGAUUUUAGAAUUAAUUUUGUUGGUCCGUGCAGGAUUCAAGUAUUAGCAGCCAGAAAACCAAAUAUAAAUGCAACAAGUAUUAC